CUUCUAUGGCGUAGUACUACCCUAGAGAUUCCUUUGCACUAUACUUCCAAAUACUAUCUGGCCAUCGUAGGCGAUUGUCGAUCUUGGGAGUCAUGUGACCGACGACGUGUGUUAAGCAUCAGCUGCGCCGGAAUCUCGAAGUCUUUGAUACAACUCAAGAUUUCGUUGAUACAUAUUUCGAAUCCACUCAACCGAAUAGCAGACAAAUACUAAAGCAUCGGGAACUGGUUAUGAUUCAAAUGCAGUAAUGGCGUCUCAACGGACCUUGUUCACCGCGUCCCGCCUACAGACAUUGACCUACUUGCUCGCCGUCUGCCCAUUUUCCAUCGCAUUCCUGGUGUUCAUCAAUUCAUCGAUCUCCUUUGUGGUAACUGAUCUAAUUGGACUCCAUGAUGGCGAAGGUGAUGUGGUCGGCACCUUGGGAUUUGCUGAUGAGCUGCUCGCACUUGCAGCAUGUCCGAUAUGGGGGGCUUUGUCCGAUCGUGUCGGUGUCCGCCAUGUUUGCGUCGCGGGAUACGCCAUCGUAGCUAUCUCGUUGGUCGUAUUUGUACAGGCAAAGAAUAUCUACCCACAGUUACUACUGGGAAGAUUGUUGUUUAGCGUUGGAGGCUCUGCAGUCUCGACGAUGGUUACUGCUGUCCUACCAGUUGUCACUGGUAGUACUAGCAGACCGCAGGAGUACCAGAGGUCGCUGUCUUCUGAUUCGACACUUACUUCUGACCAGCCAACGAGCCCCGAUGCUGCAAACGAACCGAGGACUGUGACAGGUUCGUCUUCUCGACUAGCAGGCUUUGUGGGCGCCUGCGCUGGAUGCGGUGCGCUCGUAUCUCUGGCCCUCUUCCUUCCUCUCCCGGAACGCUUCCAGAAAUCAGGUUUAUCGCCUGCCGAGGCCAUACGGAGUAGCUAUUACGUCGUCGCCGUGGUGGCUGUUUCAGUCAGCAUUUGUUGUCUUUUUGGCUUGCGGAACCUUCCCGGAGAAGAAAGAAAGGGAUGGAAGUCGUUUCUGUCGACUUUCCGGCGUCAGGCACCCGAGCCUAGACAAAGCCAGGGAUGCCAGGACGAUGGUCUCUACCCACUAUCCUACUGGAGACAACUAAGGACCGCCGUUUCUCUAGGGUUUCAAAACCAAGAAAUACUCUUGGGAUAUGUUGGCGGAUUCGUCGCACGGGCUUCUUCAGUGGGAAUUUCGCUCUUCAUUCCUCUCUUUGCCAACCACUAUUAUCGAGCGGCAGGCCUCUGCAACAACGAUCCUCCAAAGGAAAUAUUCGCAUCUGACAUGGGUGACAUCAAAAAGUCGUGCUCGGAGGCGUAUAUCUUGGCGUCGAUCUUGACCGGAGUUUCGCAGCUAGUCGCAUUGUUAGCUGCUCCAUUGUUUGGCUUUUUGUCCGAAAAGUCACGGCGAUAUCAUCUGCCCCUUCUAGUUUCCGCGUUGUCUGGUAUCGUUGGUUACUUGGCGUUUGCUUUGGUACCCAAUCCUCAAUUCAAAGGCCCUGAUGGGAGUGUAGGAGUAUUCAUUCUGAUGGCCUUGAUCGGUAUCAGCCAAAUUGGAGCUAUCGUUUGCAGUUUGGCUGUCCUGAGCAACGGGAUUCUGAAGAUCAGUGCUGGAGAAAAGUUUCCCAGAGCACACUAUGAGCAGGAUCGCGGCGAACAGCCACUCUACGAGGCGGACAGAGUUUCCAAUGAGGAUCAGCCCCUGCUGGAAGGAUCUGGGAACCAAAAUGUGCAACAGCAGUAUUCUCAACUCAAAGGCUCAAUUGCUGGCGUGUAUUCUCUUUACGGUGGAGCCGGUAUCCUUCUGCUCACCAAGCUUGGUGGGUAUCUCUUUGAUACCCUGAACUCGGGGUCUCCAUUCUAUCUCAUGGCUGCAUUCAACGUCAUCCUAUUCGUGACGGGGAUAAUUUGCGGUUUGGUCAACAAGGCAAGGUCGACACAAGCCCAAGUAGCUCCUUGAUCAUCGCGUUUUCGAUAUGACAAAAUUUAGUGGAAAUGGCUUCUUUGGCUAAACCUUUCCUUAUCAAUGCACUGGCUACCAUGACUGAUGAAACAUUCACAUUGAAUUGCCCAAACAACUAAAUCUAUUUACCUUUCUUACUACUAACCUCCUUACUGGGCCUAAUCGGCAACCCAGCCGCCUUAUACAUAGAAUCAAUACACUCCAUCUGCCAG